AUGAGUGCCGACCUGAAGGCCUUAUUAGAGGCCCAGAACGACAUCCACGGACGAAUGUCUCGCUCCGUGGAUAACCUCCGGAAGAUGGGCGUCACCAACAUCACCGCCGGUGCCGUCCACGCUCGUCUCACCAUCCUCGACAACCUCUGGGCAAAAUUCGAGGCUCAACACGAGCUCAUACGAGCGACGCUGAAAGACAGAUACAUGGAGAGUGAGUACGCCAAAAGUGACUUCAUAGAUACCGCGGAAUGUACGUACGUCUCACAGCGGAGCACGUUGAGCGACUACGCUGACAGGUUACGGGCCGAGUCAGCUGUCGCACCAAGGAUGGAAUCGAAGUCGGACUCUUCUCCUAAAACCGCGUUGCCCCGCAUAAAAUUGCCGCCGUUCUCAGGCGCCUAUGAAGACUGGCCUUCCUUCCGGGACCUCUUUUUAUCCCUCGUAGGAGAAAAUCCAUCGGUCUCGAACAUUGAGCGGUUCCAUUACCUUCGUUCCUGCGUGAAGGGAUCUGCGGAGAAAUUAAUUCGGUCGUUAACGGUCACAAGCGAGAAUUACGACCGCGCAUGGGCGAUCUUGGCGAAACAUUUCGAGAAUAAAAAGUAG